CGUUUUCCUGUAAAAACAACAGUUCUUUUUUACAGUGUGGGCGUGGCCACUUGGCCGCACCUGCGCAGGUAAAUGUUGCUGCGACACUCUGAGAGCUUCAGAAGCGGAAGUGAAGGCUUCCUGGAAUCACCACUAUGACUCUCUACAAGCAGACAAAGUUCUGGUUCUGCGGGCUGCUGCUCUGGGUUCUGGCGGUUUCCUCCCUAGCCCAGGACUGCGAGUGGGACCAGUCCACGGAUCCGGAACAAGCUCUGGACCCGAUCUCCCUGGAGUACGGAGCGCGCCUUUUGGAGUCGGAGCCAGGUGACGCCAUCAGCUGCCGCGCGGCGUGUUGCCAGGACCCGGCCUGUGACCUGGCUCAGGUGCUGCUCCGCGAGGACGGAGAGCGCCAGUGCGUGCUCGUGAGCUGCCGCGGCGCUCAGUGCGUCCUGCGCGGGGACGCGCAGUCGCUGCUGUUCCGUAAAGAGCGGAGAGAAGAGGGCCGCGAGGACGCGCCGAGCCCGGGGGACAGACUGCGGGUCCAGCCGCUGCUGGGCCUCCCGGAACCGCGAAGCAACGACACCAACACCACUCAGUGCCUGCAGCCGGUGAAGAUGGGUUCUUGCCGCGCCGCAUUUCCUCGUUUCUUCUUCAACGCCAGCAGCGGCAGCUGCAGCAGCUUCAUCUACGGCGGCUGCGACGGCAACGACAACAACUUUGAGUCUCAGUCGGAGUGCGAGGACACCUGCGGCGGAGCUUCAGGAAGAGUUCUGCAGGUCGACCAGCCCUCUGCUCCCCAUCAAGUCAAGGCUCCUCGGAUGGCUCCAGCUCCACCGAAGUCGGCGGAUCCCCAGAGGAUCGGACAUGUCUUUGGGGAUGUCUCCGCAGAGAACUGUGGAUCCAAACCAGACGUGGGUCCCUGCAGGGCGGCCAUGCCACGCUGGUACUACAGUACAGAGACUGGCAACUGCCAGAGGUUCCUGUACGGAGGCUGCAAAGGAAACGGCAAUAACUACAUCUCAGAGGAACAGUGCACAGCUGCCUGCACCGGAUUCACCGUCCUGCCAUCCUCGAAGAAGGAGUCUGAGGAAGACGGUCAUCGGGGCGUCAGAGAUCACUGCAAACUGAAGCCGGACCCUGGGCCCUGCCGGGCUGCCUUCCCAAAGUUCUACUAUGACAGAGACUCUUUCUCCUGCAAGUCCUUCCUCUACGGUGGCUGCAAAGGAAACGCAAACCAGUUUGACAGCACGGAGGCGUGCAUGGACAGCUGCAGCGGGGACGGUCGGUACGACGGUCAUGGUAAAGCCCAUAACCGCUGGACUGCCGCCUUCUUCCUGUUCGCCACUCUGGCGGCCAUCUCUGCUCUUCUGCUAGUGACGGUGAUCAUCAUCACGCUGAGGCGCCACCGCCUGGUUCGAUCGCCGUCUUCUGUCAGUGAUAAGGAGGAGCUCCUUCCGGAUCUGGAUGACGUGUCCUCGGUGGAGUCCCUGUCCGUUCCUGAGAGCCCCAAACCAGAACAGAAGGCCUAACAGCGUUCUGGUUCUGGUCCAGAUCCCCAUCCUUCUCAGAACAGAUUUUUGAUGGGCUGUUAGUUCUGAGAGGGAUCUGAGCCAAACCAAACCCUUUAGCAAGGCUGAUCUGUCACCGACAAGUUCUGAUCCUCAGCAAUCCAUCCUGCAGAUCAGAGAUUCAGAUGAACCCGAACUCUGAUCCACUUCUCAAACACCAAACCGGACAGUCCCUACCAGUCCAGUUUGAACCUGGAACCACAGUUCUGUAUGUGUGGUGUUGAGUUAAACUGAAAACAGAAGCAUCAAACUAACACUCCGAGUUCUGUGCUGGCUCUGUUGGUUUCAUUUCUAGAACACUCAGGUUUUCCUUCAUCAGAACCCUGAUCCAAUAGUGAUUAUUCCUUACCCCCCACUCCCAAAUUAUUACCAAGUUUCGCUGGAUGAACUGGCCGUGGUUAUGAGCUUCUGGACCUGAUGUCUCAGAUGUGACAAAUCCUUUUCAUGAUGGGUGUUCCUGCGGAGUUUGGGUCUCGUUCGGUCACCACGGCGCCUCAGUUCCUCCUAAUGAUCCAUAAAGAAAGACCAACCAGCUGAUGAUGCACUGAUGGAUGACGGCUCAAACACAGAAAGCUCUACAGGAAACUGAAUUUACACAAAAACCCAACCACAACCCGUUCAGAACCGAAGCAGACCCGAGGACCGUGGUGAUGAAAGAAGUCGUCCGUCAACUCAGACCUGAAAGCAACGAAGAACGUUGAUCUUGAAAAGUCAUGUUCUAAAAUAACUGACUUCCGAGAAUCAUUCAAGCUUCACUUCCGAUUGGACGCUCGUUAGGUCUCUGAUUGGAAUAGUUUCCUGAUUCCUGGCAUGCCGCCCCUCCCCCAUGAUCAUGCCGAGCUCUGAUUGGUUGCUAGCAGGAAGUGAGACGUGCAGAUCGGUGACAGAUCAGCCUGACAAAGAACAGCCUGUUACAAAUCUUUUGCUUCAGUAGACUCCACUAGAAAGGAAAUCAUGACUUUAAUCACUUAUUGAUGAAACUAUUUAUACUUUGGGAGUUUGAUUGAUUUAGAUUAAGUUAUUGUGUUUUUCUGUUGACUGUGGGCGGGGUUAGUGGUAGCCUGCUGAUGAAGCUGCAGCAUAGUGGAACCGAUGGUGAUUAAUCAAUAGGACUUUUGGGAAACAUGUGAAGUGAGUACUUAGUCAUCUAACACCACCCCACCACCCCGCUCCCCACGUCUUCUUUUACUGAUUUUUUUAAAUGAUUUUAAAACUGUUUUCAUUGAAUUUGAAAAUAAAUUCUGUUUCUUCUGAAGGAAA